CGUGUUUUCUAAGUAGAAUGCAAGGUCACGGCAGAGGUCUUUUGACAUCUUUCCAGUUUGGAAGUGAAUAAUAGGUGUCUGAUGCCACGUAAGAAAUUUCUCGUAAAGGUGGAUUAAAGUGCAAUAAACAAUCAAAGGUAAUACGAAUAUCAGUAACGAAUCGGUGUUAUUUGAGGUGAUGGAUAUCAGCAACGAGACUACUUUACCGGAAGUUACAAACAUUAUUAACAAAACAUCUUUAAAUACAUGUCCAACAUAUGAUAUUAUACAACCCAUUCUCGCAACCACCAUUAUUUUAUCAGUACUGUGCAUAAUCAUAACCAUUAUUGUGUAUAUAAUCAUAUCAGAAUCGAAGACUUUACAUGGAAAAAUCUUGAUAUCCCUUUCGAGUUGUCUGGGUAUUAUGUAUUUCCUUCUGCUCUUCGACAUAUACUUACAACCGUACUUGCCCAUUUCCGUAUGCGUUACAAUAGGAACUGUAACUUACAUUAUGUUCUUAGCUACAUUUUAUUGGUUGAACGUCAUGACAUACGAUCUUUGGAAGACAGUAAGCUCUACCACAACAACCACAAAUUCCAGGCAUUCAAAGAAAUAUCUCAGGUAUUCCGCUUACGCUUGGACUUCGACUAUUCUUACCUGCAUCCCUCUGAUUGUCAUGCAAAAUACGAAUUUAGUUUCUAAGGAAUAUCACCCGGGAAUAGGAGACGGAAUUUGUUGGUUUAGAGGAUCCACUGCUCCUUUAAUUUAUAUGAGUGCACCAAUUGGUGUUAUACUAUUCACCAACAUAGUGAUGUUCAUCCUUACUACAAAGACUCUCGUUCGGAUAGAUAAUAUGACACAGAAGUUUCAAGUUCGACAGAAUAAAAUUCAGUUCAAAUUAUACUUCAAACUCUUCCUGGUAAUGGGACUGGUUUGGGUGACGGAUUUCAUCCCUUUUAUGUUUAAAAAUUGUCAUUUAUAUCUGGUGGCCGAUACUCUAAAUUCUCUGCACGGACUUUUUCUCUUCCUGAUUUUUAUUUGCAAAAAGAAAAUCCUUAAACCGAUUUUUGAUUCUUGCAAAAACCGUAAUUGCUCAUCUUUAUGCAAGAAACCGUCGUUUCAUCUGGACACUGGUGGCAAUUUGGAAGAAUACAGCGGAAGAAAAGAAAGUUUUUCUACCUCUGUCACCGAUAUUUAGAUAUUAAUAUUAUCUGUUUAAAUGAUAAAUACACAGUCGACCCCCCUAUAACACUGUUG